UGAAAAGCCAACUCAGCUGAAAGUGAAGACAUUUUUAUACACAAAAAAUUUGUAGCUGCAGCAAAUAAGUUUAUUUUGCACGUCCAAUUGAGCCCCAAAGACAAUGCAAAAUGCGGCUGGCCAACGAGAAAACGAAAAUGCAGCCCCAGCUGAGAGACCUGUUCAUCGGCCUGGUCUGGAUCUGCUGUUGUCUUCCAACAUCGACGUGGGCGCAGGGGACACUCUCGGACAAGCGAUUGUGCGCUGACCCAAAAUGUGAACAAAUUAUCUCAACGGGCAUUGCCAAAAUCAGCUAUGCGACUGGUGGCGAAGGCCUCAUAUCCUUUAAAAUCAACACCCCCAUUCGCGUCCUGUCCAAGAGCGCCGGUUCCAACAAGCAGCUCUGGGGCGUGGACAUCAACGGCCGACGUGGCUAUGCCAACAAGGACUUCAUUAUGGAGAAGAAGAUCCUUGUGCGGGAUGCCGAACUAAAGUUUGAGGUACCAGUAGUGGGGCCUGGCAGUCCUCCUAGUCCUCCUGCAGUGGCGGAGCCUCUGCAGACCGUGCUUAACGCUUCUGAGUCAUCUGAUGACAUGGCGACGACCACCACAGCCCCGCUGGACGUUCAAGUGGAGGCCAUUGUUGUGGAGAACGACAAAACGAAGGAUCAGCAGGCACCUGAUCCAACGAAGGCUACUCAGGCCCAGCUGCUGCAGCUGGUGGAUGGCACUGAGCUGCCCCUGGAAGCCAUUCCAGCUGUAACUGAUGGCACACCCAACCCCAAGCCCAGUGAUGCAGCGAAGUCAGAACCAGCCUCAACAGCAUCUGUUGACUUAAAGCAGACGCAGGAAGCAACGGUGGACUCACAGAAGCCCCAGGAUGCUACUGUGGACUCACAGAAGCCGCAGGCUGUAACUGUGGACUCACAGAAGCCCCAGGAUGCUACUGUGGACUCACUGAAGCCCCAGGAUGCAACUGUGGACUCACAGAAGCUCGAGAAUGCAACUGUGGAAUUAUCGAAGCCCCAAGAUGCCACUAUUGACUUACAGAAGCGACAGGAAGCAGCUGUUGAUGCUAAGAAGCCACAGGAAGCAGCUGUUGAUGCUAAGGAGCCGCAGGAAGCAGCCGUUGAUGCAAAAAAGCCACAGGAAGAACCAACGGACCCCAUUUUGCCUACUGCUGGAGAACAGGAUUCAGCAAAACUCUUAGACGCCAUCAACGCAGAACUUGAAGACUCUGAUGAUUUUGAUUAUGGGGAUGACGAGAUAGACGAAGACGACGAACUGAACCAAGAUAGCGAAGAUAAGGAAUCGAUCGACAGCGAUAAAUUGAACGAUACAAAAACACUUAAUGUCAUUGAAACUAUUGGCAUUGAGCAAGAGAACACGACUCUAAAUUUGGUAAAGCCAAAGGAAGAAGCCAACGUAGAACAGGCGGAAAUAACAAACGCUACCACGGAGCUUCCAAAGGAUCUUGCAACGGAAAGUGCAUCGGUAGAUAAAGAAGUUGUUAAGGAGGUACCGGAAACAACAACCGUUGAGUCACAACCUUUAGAAGCUCUCAAAAUCGAGGAAAUCACCGAAAAGCUUGAGGUUCCCGAGACACCACCCGCCCGGCCAGCUGUAAGUGAAAGCGUUGACGAUGGAGUCGUCAAAGUAGAUAUAGCUUCGUCUGCGACUGAAGUGAAAACUGAGACUGAAAAGGAUUCAAGGGAAAAUGCUGAUGAGCCCGUUGUGGUUCAAUCUGAGGCCAGCUCCACAGGCAGUGGUCCCAUUGAAAAGGAAUUGGUGAAAUCUGAACCUGUUGUCCUGCCACCACUCUUUGAAAAUGCUAAUCCCGAUUAUUACAAGCAUUUGCAAGAACAACAGCAGCAGCAGACGUUAAAGGAACAAGUGGAGCAACAGACAUUAAAAGAGGAACAGCAGCAAGAAGAAGUGAAGCAAUCACUGCGGCUUCCGGAACAGCAGCUACCGCUCAGUGACCCAGUGGAACCCGAGUCCAAUGAGGUCUACGCUGAUCCCAACGAUUAUUACAAUAAGCAGCAAAGUACAGAGUAUCCACAUCACCAGCACCAGCACCCGGACUACCAUCAUCAUCAUCAUCCCACAGAAAGGGCAGAACAAACUACUAUAUCGGCUGUUCCCGACUCACCCUACGGUUCUGUUCACGAAGAGGAUGUUACACCCGCACCUCAGGCCGCCGCGGGAGUGGGUUCCGUGGAACCAGUGGCUUUGCCCGCGACAGCAAGUCCCUUGGCGGAAGCUCCCACAAAAGAUGAUGGUGCCCUGGGAUUAGGUUUGUUUGCCACCAUCGUGGACACUGUGAAUAAUUUCAUAGGAAAGGAGCCGGAAAGUGCUGGGUUUGAUGGUAGCGAUGAGCUGCAAAGGAUUUUAUAUCCAGGCGUGGGCGAAGUAGCGGGAUCCCCAAGGAAACCUGCGGCAGACUCAGCCCCAACAGUCGACAUGGAUGGCUACUGUGCUCGGUUUCAGUCGCAGAAGGACGAUUAUUGCCAUCGCUCCAUUUCCCUAGAUAAUUUUGCAGAGAUUCUCACCGCCAAGGUGGUGGAUCACAGCCUGCUACUGCUGUGCGUGGUCAUUGCGGCGGCCUCGUCCCUAUUCUUUAUUUUUGCCUACUACUGUUUCUGCAACAGCAGCCAAGAGGGAGCACUCCUGUCCAAGCUAAACCAUUUGGAGCGCAGCUUGCUGGCCUCCCACAAGGAGAACCAUAUAAUCAAGCAUGAACUGAUGACGACGCGCCACAAGCUGGCCAGUAUCGAGGACAACUCCUUUGGCUCCAACGACAUGGUGGCUGAGCUUAAGAAGCAACUGGAAAAGGAGGUCUUUGAGAAAGCCAAGCUGCAAGAGCAGGUUGGCUCACUAGAAAGGGAUCUGGAUAAUGCGGCUGAGGCUGGACUGGAACUGAACAAGAUGCUGUCGGAGGUUCUGAGCAACCAAAACGGCGAUGAGGCCUUCUUGAGCACCGUCGAUGAGCUGCAGCGGCAGCUGAAUGACCAGGAGAGGAUCAUGAUUGAGAUCAACUCGAGCCUGGCGGAAAAGAGUCGCGAGAACAGCGAGCUGCAGUACACUUUCGCGGAGACCACGUCGCGUCUUAACGGCGAGCUAAAGACUCUGCAAGAGGACAACUACGAGCUCGAGAUGGAGAAGUCCAGGCUGCAAACCCGUCUGGACGAAAUUCAGGCCGAAACGGACGGGGAAAUGGCCAAAGUACUCGAGGCACGCAACUACGAGAUGCAAAGACUCCAGAACCAGAUUCUCGACCUCACCGCCAAGUGGGAGCGAGAGCAUGGCGACUAUCAAACGAGCUUGGCCAAGAUCGAGGCUCUCGAGGAUUGCCUCAAGGCCGUGAAGAAGGAUGCCAAUCUUAAUGUUCAGGAGCUGAUUGCCUCAGCCAAGACGCGCGGCGAACUUAACGCGGCCCAAAGGAAGUUUGUCGAACUGCAGGCGAAGCUGGAGCAGGAAGUGGCCCACAAGCAGCGCAUAGAGGGUCAGCUACAGCAGUCCAGCUCCGAUGUGGAGCAGCUCAAGCAGGACUUUAACCAGUCGGAGCGGGACAAGUUGGAGGCGCAGACGAGGCUCGAAGUCCUCUCCGGCUAUUUCCGCGAGAAGGAGAACGAACUGAAGAAGGAGCUUAGUCUGCAGGAGACCAAGUGGCUGCAGCAUCAGGGCGAAAACGCAAGCACCGUGGAGACGCAGACAUUGAUGAAGAACGAAAUACAGACUCUAAAAUCUCAGAACGACGAGCUGCGCGCCGAGAUCGAGGCCCAGAUAGCCUCGCACAAGGCGCAGAUGGGCACGCUGGAAAACCGCGCCCACGAGUCCUGGCUGGCAGCACGUCAGUCGGAGCGCCGGUGCGAAGAGGCGCUGGCCGAGGCCGCCGGACUGCGGCGCAAGUUGACCACCAUGGCUAGUGGCGGCGGAGAUCCAGUCGCAGUCGAAGCCAUUGCUGCUAAUGGAGCUGGGCCUGCUCUGGGGGCGGAACUAAAGGCGGCUCCGUCGCCGUUGCCUCUGCCGUUGCCCGGGUUGCCGGGUUCACCCCUGCUGAACAUGCCAAAUCCACUGCCAUUCCUAGCGGCACCCUUCUCACCAUUCAUGGGCCUGCCGCCGCCGCCAUUCCUGCCGCCAGCGGGUGGCGGGGCACGUCCUCCGCCCCUUGGACGCAUGCGUUCCCCACCGCCCUCUGCGCGGGGGGAUCGGGACCGGGAUCGUGAUCGGGAUCGUUACUCGGACUACAGUGAUUACGAUGACUAUGACGACGACGAUGAGGAUGAGCGGGAUGCUUUGGACCAUCGCCGAAGGCACAGCGGAAGCUGGGGUCGCCAUCAUCACUCCUUCACGCAUUCGCCGCGCACAUAUCGCUCGCUCUCACCGUCGGACAGUCGGUACAACUAUAACGACACGGAAACGGACUUUAGUCCCCCGCCAAGUCCGCCGCCAGUCUCUUCCAAUCGGAGCGCGGCAUCGCGACCCUACAGCGAGGUGUGAGGGAAGACCGUUCCUUUCGCGUAACCAAGUCCUACCAAGUAUAUUAGACUCAAAAAACUAGUUCAAAUAUAUUUAUUAAUCAACGAUUCGAACGAGGGGUCGAGGGCGGCGGAUAAACCUCCGAAUCCAUUAUCCCAUUAGCAGGGACUUCAGAGGAGUUCGUUAGCAUCAAACACAUGAAAACACAUUUCGACUCGGCAAGUGGUGAAUGAUAUCCGACAAAAAAUUAAAGCAACCAAUUAAACACGGUGAAACAAAACCAA